AAUAGCUUUAUCGAUCAGCAACGAUGUGGCUGAUCAGUGUUCAACCCCAGUGAUGGAUCAAGCCCAACUAAAACUGUGAAUAAUUUAUUCAAUAAUUGCUAUCAACAGGUAAUUCACUGGGCCAACUAGUGCAACAAUUUCAGAUGGCUCUAUACCAUCAUGCCCUCAGUAGUGAAGCUCCAUUAUAUGAGCCAGCAGCAAUGAAAGCGUUCACACAAAAACACUCUCCAGGUCUGUUUGAAAUGCUUUUAAGUUAAAAAACAAGGGAGGACUCCAGACUCUCAGAUGAACAUCAAGCUGUACAGGAGCAAAGAACUGUUGUUCUCCUUCACACACUGGCAUAUUUCAGGUCUCAGAAAACUUCCACCCUACAAAAGGAUGAAGGGCUAUUCCUACAACAUCAUGGUGCUUCUAGGACAGCAAUCAAUUCAGGAAGGAUACUUCGUUUCAGUACAAGUCCUAGAAAUAUUGAUUCUCACAAGAAAGCACUAAUAACAAAAUAUCCAGACAUACUGAUGAGAAAGGUUAUCCUGGCAACAGAGAAAGGAUUCCUAAUUGUACAACUGUUGGAUGACUUCCAUAAUAUUUUGACUGUUAGACUACCAACAAAUCUGAAGCUAUCAUUAGCUACGCACAUGGCUAGUGGCCUACUGGACAUCCAUCCUUCAAUUCCUGCUGUUCCUAUCCCUACAAGAGAUACAAGACACAGCCGAGUGAUUGUGAAGAUAGGGAAUGAAAAUAAAAUUUGCAGAGGAGGAAUUGUUCUAGACUACAUAAAAGAGUUGUUUCAAAGACCAGUGUUAUCAAGAAUGUACUUGGAAACAAAUCACCAAUGCAUUUCACCAAAAUACAUCCAACAACAACUAAAGGAAUUGAGGGUCUAUUCUGGGUUGUCGCACGAUGAGCUCUGUACCCUUGAGUCUACUAAUUUAAUAGAUGAGUUUGAGCAAUCUUUGAAAAGUAUGGAGGACUAUAAAUCAGCCAUUGAUCACAUAUUCCUGUGCUGUCCACAAAUGGAACAUUACUUGAAAAAUUUGUAG